AUGGAUUUCAGUAUCCCUCCUCGUGACUCACCGACGUCGGAAAUUCCCGGUGACUCAUCGGACUCAUCCUCUUCCUUGUCGUUCAGUGAAGGAGAAAGACCUCCACCAGCAAAGAGGCCAGCGAAGAGGCCUGUUAACACUCAGAGAAUUAUUGAAGACUGGGUGAUACAUCUUGAAUUAGACCUAGGCGGAAUCUGUCAGGACGUGCAGCAUCCCCCAUGUGUAACCAAUACCCCGUCCCAUGUAAGUCUGUCAGGACGUGCAGCAUCCCCAUGUGUAACCAAUACCCCAUCCCGUGUAAGUCUGUCAGGACGUGCAGCAUCCCCAUGUGUAACCAAUACCCCGUCCUGUGUAAGUCUGUCAGGACAUGCAGCAUCCCCAUGUGUAACCAAUACCCCGUCCCGUGUAAGUCUGUCAGGACGUGCAGCAUCCCCAUGUGUAACCAAUACCCCGUCCCGUGUAAGUCUGUCAGGACGUGCAGCAUCCCCAUCUGUAACCAAUUCCCAGUCCCGUGCAAGUCUGUCAGGACGUGCAGCAUCCCCAUGUGUAACCAAUACCCCGUCCCGUGUAAGUCUGUCAGGACGUGCAGCAUCCCCAUGUGUAACAACAACACCGACACACCCGGAGCUUACUGCUCAGGUUGUCAAUGACGAUGACAACACUGUAGUGCUUAGUGAUAAUUCCUCUGAGACACAAGCUCGAGCACCCCCAGUGCUUACCCCGCAUAUUGGAGGAUUUGGAAGUAAUGCCGAAGUUGAUACACAGCCCAAUUCGGAUACAACCAGCAUUAGAUCGGUAAUACCUAAAAGUCUGCCAGGACGUGCAGCAUUGCCCAUUUUUUUUCGGCCCCAACAUGCAUCAAUGCCGACUAAUGAAAUGGAAAAUAUGUCAUGUGAGCCAUCUAAUACCAAAGUGACCAAUUGGCUUGACAGUUGUGAAGACACUUUUAGUGUAUUUAGUAAGGAGGAAAGCCGAACUUACUCUUCUGGCAAAAAGGUCCGUCAAAGACGGAUCUGGACUUCAGAAGCAGAAAGUUGUUUUGGCCAUGAUUGGCGGUACCAAAUAGACCUGGCAAAACAUCUUAAUAAGAAACCUUCAAAGGUGGCGAUUUCACUGAAGCUCGAAUCCAUAUCAGCUGUUAGAGAGCGCUGGCGUUCUCUAACAGUUGAAAAUAUAAAAGAUAAAAUUUGGGUGAUUGCCAGGGGCGAGAUGAAAUUGUAAUAUGUUUAAAUCUUGUAUAUCAACUAUUUAUUUAUUUAUUUAUAACACAUAAACAUUGUAUUUAAUUGAUUUAUCUAUCUAUAAAACAAAUUAAUAAAUAUUUUGUAUAGACAAAAAAAGAGAAGAAAAAAAUCAAAAAAUAGUAAAAAUAUUUUGUAAUUGUUAUAUGCCAAAUAUCUAAGCUCUAGCUAUUUGGGUUUUUUCAAAGAAGAUUUUUUAAGUUUUUGCUAUACACAUAUAAGGAAAAUCAAUGACCCCGGGGCGGGGCCAAUAUUGACCCCAGGGCUUUUAUUUGAACAAACUUGGUAGACACCCAUUAGAACAUGUUUCAUGCUAAAUAUCUAAGCUCUAGCUCUUUCGAGUUCUUUAAAAGAAGAUUUUUUUAAGUUUUUACUAUAUGCAUAUUUGGAAAAUUAAUGACCCCCUGGGGUGGGGUCGAUUUUGACCCCAGGGCUUUUAUUUGAACAAACUUGGUAGACACCCAUUAGAAGAUGUUUCAUGCUAAAUAUCUUAGCUCUAGCUCUUUGGGUUCUUUAAAAUAAGAUU